AUGAAAAUACAGAUCCUAAGAUCUGUAGAACAGUGUUUGGACACUAAAUAUUCACAUACUAAAGAAAUACGAUUUAAAUGUAAUGAUAAAAGUUUUUGCAAUAUUAGUCACAGCACACAUUGCAAAGACCCUGUAAUCAAUUUGUAUUAUACAUGUAAAGAUUCAUAUCUAUAUAAUAAAACAGCCACAAAUAGGCAUAUCAAGGUUAACACAUUCGCAUGUGAUGAACAUCCCAUACAUGCAUUUUGUAAAGAUAAAUUAUUGAUCAAUCCAUUAGAAAUUCUACUUUUUGGAGUUGAUGAUGAUCCCAACUAUCAUGAACUCAUUAAAAAUAAAUGUCUACUGAAGAAUCUAUGUAUAAUCAACUUAUCAGACAUAGUAAACUCUAAAAGAAUUGAAUUGGUUGAUGUAUUCGCCCAGUUUGUUUAUAAUUGUGACACUGAAAAAAAUAUUAUAAAUGGAAAGGAAUUCGAAUCAAUUAAACCCGUGUGGAAUUCAGCAUGGAACGUUCGUGGAAUAGAAAACCCCAAUUACAUGAGAAAUGAUGAAUAUACACCCAAUGAUUCAAAAAACAUAUUCAACAUAACUAAAGUUAAACCCAUAUACAUUGAUGGCUAUUCACUAGCUCUACCCCCAAACCAAGAUGCAAACCAUAAACACAUGGACGAGAGUGAUGAUUAUGAUGGGUAUCAGGGAGAUCAGCCAGUGGAAUCCAAACCUCAAAAUUAUUCGGAUGAUAAAGAUGCGCCAUACGAUGCCGUGUACGCGUGCUACGUAAAGGAUGAAAAAUUGGCACAACUAAUGAAUAUAAAUGCACCUCUAGAACUAAGUAUGGUUUGCACAGAUUAUGAUUGCAAAUUUGCUAUUCGCGAGUGCCAGCCUGGAAACUUUAUCUCAAAAAGUAAUUAA